AUGAUUACAACUAGAACAGAGUUAUUAGAACAGAGAAGAAAAGAAAAAAUUCCAGAUGUCAGCUAUGAUAUUGAUGGAGAUGGAAAUGUAAGCCCAUUAGACUAUUUUGUUGCCAGGAGGCAUGAUAAGGACAAAGAUGGGAAACUGACUUCUGAAGAAAGAAUUAUGGCAAAACAAUUUUUUAAGACUGAACUUCAUAAGUUUAUACUUGAUGGAGAAAAUCAUGGCCCUCACAGGCCAAAUAGGCUACUACAAAUAAAUGGAAUCCCUAUCUAUCACGAUGAUUUUAGUGUUCUUCAUCAAAACAAUAAUCUAAAUACUGAAGAUAUCCAAAAAAUCACACUCAAAACUGUCCAAGAGAAACGAAGAAAAGAAAAGAAAGACACUGCCAAAAAUAUUGCAGAUACUAAAAUCAUACAUAAAAAUCCUUUUUUAAUUUUUCCAAGAAAUUCCUCACUCCUCCUCUCCGUGAGAGAACCUCUAAAUUUUGUUGGCUUACUAGGGUUCAUUUAUUUUAAAAAAUUAUAUAUAAAUUUUUAUAGUACAAUUUGUUUUUAGAAAUUUAAAAAGUCCCAAUUCGCAAAAAUUGAGAAAUAAAAAUUAUUUUUAAAAUGCAAGCUGUUUAAAAUUAAACAUAAUUAGCAGAGAUUCCACUAAAAAAUAUCACUUAUAUAUCAAAUUAUUUUUUCUAAAUUUUAAUAUUCAAAUUUUUGUUUGUGGGUUUUUACAAUUUUUUUUUCGCUCUCGGAGAGGCAUUUAGGGAUCAGUUAUGUAUCAAAAAUUUCUAUGCAAAAAAAACUAGAAAAAGAAACUGCUCGAGAAGUCCAAGGGCUCUCUAAAAUACCAGAUGCCCUCAAUCCUAGAGUACUUUCAACAAAUUAUAAUGAAUUUCCAAAAAUUCAAUCAAAAUCAGAGCUAGAUGAGUUUAGAAAAACACAGGCUACAGAAAUAGGAAAUGGGUUUGGGAAUAAACUGUUAAAAAAGACUUUAGAAAAUGAUGACAAAUGGGCUGAAAAAGUCCCAGAAAAUACAGGAUUUCUGAAUUUCAAGCAAAGGGUAGAAGAAAUGAGGAAAAAAGAUGUAGAACGCACAAUUAAACUUUUUGAAAAAAUAAAAAAGAGUGGGAUCCAUGAUAAUGAUCUUCCUAAAUUCCAAGAAAAUUGCAAAAAAUAUUGAGAACGAAAGAGAAGCGCUACCCCAACUCCAAAUAUUUCAGUUCCAAGCAAUCUUAAUAGUGAUCGGCAAAGUGAAAACUCAAUAAAAACUGAAAGAAUUCCUUAUCAAGAAGAAAAGACGCCAAAAAGAUCAGUAACUCCAACCCCAUUUCUAAAGCAAACCGAGUUCAUCCCAAAAUUUAAAGAAAAAUCUUCAGUACUAAUUCCAGAUCUUGAUCUCAACCAUCAAAAAAAAUAUAAAUUCACUGAAACUUUUACAAACUUACAGCCAAGUCGUCCACUGACUGAUAGGGCAAAAGAUUCAUGCUCCUCAAUUUCUCAUAAGAACAUAAAGAUUUCACCAAUAAGGACACGUGGAUUUGUUUAA